AUGGCAGGAGAGAUGGUCGACGGAGGAAAAAGGAAGCUGAACCAGGCGGUUGAUCCCGGACGUCCGUGCCUGGUGCGCCAGGAGCCACGGGCUGACGACGAACUUCCACCUGACGCAGUUCCUGUCGGGACACGGAUGCUUCGGCCAGUACCUGCACCGGAUUCGGAAGCUGGACAACCCUAUCGUUUCCGACAGCGGCACAACAUUGGUUUCGGCAAGAUCUCAGGUGAGUCAUCUGCAGUUAAUACUGAUAUCUGCUCUAACUGGUUGGCUAACGUUUGGCCGUCCCUUCGAGCAGGUUACUGUGAUGAUGAAAUUUAUAAUGCCGAUGAAGCGGGCCUUUUUUUCAAAUUAACUCGUGGUAAAACUCUUCGCUUCAAGGGGGAAAAAUGCUCGGGUGGAAAAUUAUCCAAAGACAGAAUAACAGUUUUAGUGGCAGCCAAUAUGACCGGAACUGAUAAAAGAAAACUCCUUGUUAUUGGAAAAUCGAAAAGUCCUAGGUGUUUUAAAGGAGUUUCAUCACUUCCCGUAUUUUAUGAAAAUAUCACCAAAGCUUGGAUGACCUCAGCAAUUUUUGAAAAGGCUCUUAAUUAUUGGGAUGAUGAAUUACGCCGUAAGAAAAAAAAAAUUCUACUGUUGGUGGACAACUGUCCAGCACACCCAUCAUUGCAGCAUUUGAAAUUUAUUAAACUCGUAUUUUUGCCCGCCAACACUACUGCUGUACUUCAACCGAUGAACCAGAGCGUUAUAAGGAACAUUAAAGCUCAUUACCGGAAUCAGUUGGUACUGAAAAUGAUUGAGGAUAUUGAAUAUUGA